AUGUGGUUGCAUGUGCUAGCUAUAUGCGCAUGCGCAGUCAUUGUGUCAGGACGAAGUACUCCAGACUCGCUACUUGUAAACAUCGAGCAAGGACCCGUACUAGGAUACAAGCCAGCUCAAGGAGGUCUUUAUGUAUUUUAUAAUAUACCAUAUGCAACAGCACCAACAGGACUAUCAAAGUUCAGGCCUCCUCUACCACCACCAACAUGGACCAAGCCAUUUGAAGCAGUUCAAAGAAAAAUUAUUAUGUGUCCACAAGGUAUGCCUGGAUGGACCAAUCAGGAUAACCGUAUUCUAAUGCAAGAAGACUGUUUAAUAGCUAAUGUGUACGUUCCUGACACGAAUGCAAAAAACCUGCCUGUUGUUGUAUACGUUCAUGGAGGAGCGUACCAGCUCGGACACGGUACAGAGAUGGAACCAACAACCCUGGUCAGAACAAAAAAAAUAGUAGCUGUCAAUUUUAAUUAUCGCGUCGGGGCUCAUGGCUUACUUUGCCUCGGUACUAAGAGAAUACCUGGCAAUGCCGGCAUGAAAGAUCAGGUGGCAUUACUUCGAUGGGUGAAAAAAAAUAUUGGACAAUUUGGUGGCAAUCCAAAUGAUGUUACUAUUGAUGGGUGGAGCGCAGGAGCUUCAUCAGUUGAUUUGGUGAUGCUUUCAAAGAUGGCAACUGGACUAUUUCACAAAGUUAUACCGGAAAGUGGUUCAAAUACCGCCUCAUUUAGUGUUCAAAUUGAUCCCUUAACAAACGCAAAAAAUGUGGCAAAGGAAUUAAAAUUUAGUGACGUUGAUAAUUUAGAUGCUUUAGAAAAAUUCUUCAUCAAUGCACCAAUCGCAUCACUAUGGUCUAUUAAUGUAAUUAGCAGUAAAAAUCAUUCCGUGAUAUUUGCUCCAUGUAUUGAACGGGAUUUAGGAGAGGAAAUGUUUCUCGAUGACCAUCCAGUAAAUAUUUUAAAAAGUGGCGACUAUCCCAAAGUACCAAUGCUUUAUGGAAUAGCCGAAAUGGAAGGUAUUUUUCGUACAGGAUUUUUCAGAUUCUGGAGAGAUACAAUGAAUGAAAGAUUUUCUGACUUUUUCCCAGAAGAUUUACAAUUUGCAAAUGAAAAUGAGAAAAAUGAAGUGGCCCGUAAAGUUAAACAAUUUUACUUUGGCAAUGAGCCUAUCAGUGAAAAUAAUGUUUUGUCUUAUGUAGACUACUUCACAGAUGCAAUGUUCGGAUAUGGUACAGCAAAGGCUGUGCAGUUGCAAGUGGAAGCUGGUAAUGACCAAAUAUAUUUAUAUAAAUAUGGAUUCACUGAUGAGAGUGAAAAUUAUAUUAUACACACAAAUGUUAGAGGUGCUACACAUUGCGCUCAAACAAUAGCUGUAAUGGACCAAGGAGAUGAAAGUAAACUCUCUGUAGAAUACCAAAGGAUGAAGGCCGUAGUGAGAGACCUGUGGGGAAACUUUAUAACGACUGGAAAACCAGUUCCUGAUGGUUCUUUAUAUCUAACAUGGCCCCCAGUAGGAGUAGAUCGUGAGCCUUACAUGUACCUAAACAGCACUUUGGAAUUAAGAACUUCAUUCCUCGGUGAUCGUGCUCGACUCUGGAAUGACAUCUAUAGCAAACAUUUUAGGUCUCCAAUACCACCAACUGCUUAG